AUGUUCGGUUUAUCACAACCGACAUGGAAUAUUUGUCAGCUGGGAGCUGUCUUCUUCUUCAAUUUCUUCUCAUUCUUCACUCUAUCAGCUCUAUCACAAACAAUUAUUGAAAAUGUAGCGGAAAGUGAAGGAAUUAACCAACAUGCCGGUUAUUACAGUGCCUUUCUAACAUAUCUCGUUUUCACGUUUGGACAUUUUGUCGCCACUCCAAUCGUUGAAAUUAUCUCUCCGAAAUGGUCAAUAGUGAGUGGAUUAGUGGGUUAUGCAAUGUUUGAAGCAGCAUUUCUAUUGAUGAACGAGUACUUUUUGUACUUUUCGGCAGCAUGUGCUGGAUUUUCAGGCUCCUUAUUAUGGACGGGUCAGUUUGACUAUCUUGCUCAAAACUGUCAACCGCAUACUCUGGAUAGGAACUCGUCAAAUUUAUGGGGUUUAUCCCAAAUAUCGUUGAUAUUCGGAGGUUCAUAUCUAUUGAUUCUGUAUCGAUUUCAGACUGGAAAUGAGUUUCAGAUGCCUUUGAUUCGGUUAGUUAUCGGAUCAUUUUUGGGAUGCACUCUGAUCUCAAUUUUAAUUGGAUUUUUUCUUCCGAAGCCAGUUUUCAAGGCAGAAAAGUAUAAAAUUCCAUACUUCAAGCAUUUGGCAGAAAUAGCGAAAAUAUCCUUUGACCGGAACCUUCUAUUUCUACUUUCCACAUUUCUUUAUACUGGAAUGGAAUUAUCAUUUUUCUCUGUUGUUUUUCCAACGAUGGUCUCAUUCACAAAGGCACUUGGAAACACGAGAGAUCUCAAUGCAUGCGCCUCAAUUUUUGUAGGAAUUGGAAAUGUUUCUGGUUGCUUUGCGUUAUCUGCUCUUGGUGCUCGCGUUCGAGAAAUCGGCCGGAAGAAGAUGGUUCUGUUGGCUGCGAUCCUUCACAUGACAUGCUUCCUGUUGUCGUUUCUGAUGUUCCCCGAUGAGUCUCCACUAAAACCGACAGAUAAAUUAGGUUAUUUCGAACCGAGGCAAGGAUUAUAG